GGGCGCCCAUGGAGCCGGUACCGCCGGCUCGGCCGACCGCUAUGGCGCCGCUGCUGGAGUAUGAGCGGCAGCUGGUGCUGGAACUACUGGACGCGGACGGGCUGGUAGUGUGCGCCCGCGGGCUCGGCGCGGAUCGGCUCCUCUACCACUUCCUCCGGCUGCACUGCCACCCCGCGUGCCUGGUGCUGGUGCUCAACACGCAGCCGGCCGAGGAGGAGUAUUUUAUCAGUCAGCUGAAGAUUGAAGGAGUGGAACACCUCCCUCGUCGUGUAACAAAUGAAAUCACAAGUAACAGUCGCUACGAGGUCUACACCCAAGGAGGUGUGAUAUUUGCAACAAGUCGAAUACUUGUGGUCGACUUCUUGACUAAUAGAAUACCUUCAGAUUUAAUCACUGGCAUCUUGGUGUAUAGAGCGCACAGGAUAAUCGAGUCUUGUCAAGAAGCAUUCAUCUUGCGUCUGUUUCGCCAGAAAAACAAGCGUGGUUUUAUUAAAGCUUUCACAGACAAUGCUGUCGCCUUUGACACUGGUUUUUGUCACGUGGAAAGAGUGAUGCGAAAUCUUUUCGUAGGGAAGCUGUAUCUGUGGCCAAGGUUCCAUGUAGCAGUAAACUCAUUCUUAGAACAGCACAAACCUGAAGUUGUAGAAAUUCACGUUUCUAUGACGCCUGCCAUGCUCGCCAUACAGACUGCCAUCCUGGACAUCCUAAAUGCGUGUCUGAAAGAACUGAAAUGCCACAACCCAUCGCUCGAAGUUGAAGAUUUGUCUUUAGAAAAUGCUAUUGGAAAACCGUUUGACAAGAUGAUCCGCCAUUAUCUGGAUCCCUUGUGGCACCAGCUUGGAGCCAAGACUAAGUCCUUGGUUCAGGAUUUGAAGAUAUUACGAACUUUGCUGCAGUAUCUCUCUCAGUAUGAUUGUAUCACAUUCCUUAAUCUUCUGGAAUCUCUGAGAGCGACAGAGAAGGCUUUUGGUCAGAAUUCAGGUUGGCUCUUUCUUGACUCCAGCACCUCGAUGUUUGUUAAUGCUCGAGCAAGGGUUUAUCAUCUUCCAGAUGCCAAAAUGAACAAAAAAGGCAAAGUGUCUGAAAAAACGGAAAUUGAACAAGUGCAAGAAACAAAAAAGGAAUUGGUGCUAGAAAGCAACCCGAAGUGGGAAGCUCUGACCGAAGUACUGAAAGAAAUUGAGGCGGAAAAUAAGGAGAGUGAAGCCCUUGGGGGUCCAGGUCAGGUACUGAUUUGUGCAAGUGAUGAGCGAACAUGUUCCCAGCUGAGAGAGUAUAUCACGAUCGGAGCAGAGGCCUUCUUGUUGAGGCUCUACAGGAAGACCUUUGAGAGGGACAGCAAAGCUGAGGACGUGUGGGUGCAAUUUAGAAAUGAGGACAGUGCAAAGAGAAUGGCGAAAUCUCACAAAAGGCCUAAAGACCCCCACAGCAAACAGAGGGCUGCCCCCAAAGAAAGGACUCUCAAGAAGAAGAAGCGGCGGUUAACUUUAACACAGAUGAUAGGAAAGCCUGAAGAACCGGAAGAGGAAGGGGAUGCCAAGGAAGGCUGUCCUGGAGACAAGGGCAGUAGCCCAGACAGUUCCUUAGAAGAAAUCAAGCACGAGGAAUUUGACUUAAACUUGUCAUCCGAUGCCGCUUAUGGAAUACUGAAAGACCCGCUCACCAUCAUCCACCCUCUCUUGGGCUGCAGUGACCCCUACGCUCUGACAAGGGUGCUGCACGAGGUGGAACCCAGAUACGUGGUUCUGUACGACGCCGAGCUAACGUUUGUUCGCCAGCUUGAGAUUUACCGGGCGAGUAGGCCCGGGAAGCCUCUGAGGGUUUACUUUCUUAUAUACGGAGGCUCAACAGAGGAACAGCGCUAUCUCACUGCUUUGCGGAAAGAAAAGGAAGCUUUUGAAAAACUCAUAAGGGAGAAGGCUAGCAUGGUUGUGCCUGAAGGGAGGGAAGGGAGAGAUGAGGGGAACCUGGACCUGGUGAGAGGCUCCGCAUCCACAGGCUCGCCCACUGACACACGGAAAGCAGGUGGCCAGGAGCAGAACGGUACACAGCAAAGUAUAGUUGUGGAUAUGCGUGAGUUUCGCAGCGAACUCCCAUCCCUGAUCCACCGUCGGGGCAUUGACAUUGAACCGGUGACGCUGGAGGUCGGAGACUACAUUCUGACUCCAGAAAUGUGCGUGGAGCGCAAGAGCAUCAGUGAUUUGAUUGGCUCUUUAAACAACGGCCGCCUCUACGGCCAGUGUAUCUCCAUGUCCCGCUACUACAAGCGCCCAGUGCUCCUGAUCGAGUUCGACCCCAGCAAGCCCUUCUCUCUCACUUCCCGAGGUGCCUUCCACCAGGAGAUCUCCGGCAAUGACGUCAGUUCCAAGCUCACCCUCCUCACGCUUCACUUCCCCAGACUCCGGCUUCUCUGGUGCCCCUCCCCCCACGCCACCGCCGAGCUGUUCGAGGAGCUGAAACAGAACAAGCCGCAGCCCGACGCGGCCACGGCCAUGGCCGUCACGGCGGAUUCGGAAACCCUCCCGGAGUCAGAAAAGUAUAAUCCGGGUCCCCAGGACUUCUUGUUGAAAAUGCCAGGGGUAAAUGCCAAAAACUGUCGCGCCUUGAUGCACCACGUCAAGAACAUCGCAGAGCUGGCGAGCCUGUCGCAAGACAAGCUGGCGGGUAUUUUGGGCAACGCCUCGAACGCGAAGCAGCUCUAUGACUUCAUCCACACCCCUUAUGCCGAGUUUGUGUGUAAAGGCAAAAUGAGAAAGUGAACGAGGGCGGCCGUUUUCUUAUCCCGUGACUGUGAUUUCCAGCCACCCUGUACCGGAAUGAACAGACCGAGAUGAAUCACGAGCUCAGAAUUCCGCUCACUUCAGCACCUAACGACUGCGCAGUCCGCUUCUGGGGUCAGCGGACCACAAGCCCAGAUGCCCCUCUGGACUUUGUGUUUAGGCACUGAUUUUAACCUUCCCAUGCCGGCCCGCCUCCCUCCCUGCGCCGUCAGGGCCAGAGGCAGCGUGUCCCGCUCUUCGGUCAGGAGUCAGAAUCGGGCGAGGCAGAAUGUGGGGGCUUAUAGGAGGCCGCUCUUGACGCAAGCAGCAAUUUAUGUUUCCCACGCAGGCCGAUAAGACACACCAUCAUGUCCCUGCCCUCUUUGUUCAGGACGGGCCCCCGGAACGCCGAGAAGGAACCUUGUCUGCCAUUCCUUGCCAGUUCUCACCCUCUUUUCCGCAAAUGCGCGCUUCCCCCUUUAAGAAAAACCCAUGGGGACUUCCUCGUACUGACGUAAGACGUAAGAUGGCGCCCCGUGAAACUAGCUGGUUCCUCAUCCCCCGAAUGUGUGUGACGCGUACCAGAACUCGAUUGUGCAAAGCCAGCAGCUUUUAAACGUGAGAUGAAUUGUUCCCUGUUUCCAGAAUUUGAUGGUGAAGGAGCGCUGAGGACGCGCCGUUGUGCAGACAUCUCACCUCCUGAAUCUCAGAGAUCUCUAAGCCCAAAGGGCUCGUUAGAGUCUCUUAAGACUUCCUCUUCCCCCCCAAGCUUCUUCCCACACGCCUGAGACCACCAGCGCCAGAUCCUCUCCACACGCAGCGUCAGCCCACCCUCUGCUCCCCGCUUCGUGUCCCUGGGCCAGCGUGCUCGCUGGCGUCUGUGUGAGGACUCAGGGACAAGCAAACGGGUGGCCCCCCGAGUCUUUAAGAUUGGGUUUUCCUUCUUGGAGUGGAGAUGAAAGAAGUACAAGUAAAUGGAAGAUCAGCGCAUAGAAUAUCUAAGAAUUCUAGAGAAAUUUACACACUUAAAAAUUCACAAAGCCAUCUCCUUCUCAAACCUUCCGAUUGAGUUAGGUUAGCUUUUUACUGAGGUGCACAUACAGGACAUUCAUAGCAUCUUUGUGCAGUUUUUAAACUUUUCUAUUUCGGCUUUACUAAAGUAUUAUUCACACAUCUA